GAAGGGAUGGCAGUGAACGUCUACGCCACGUCUGUGUCCAUCGACAACCUUAGUCGACAUGACAUGCUGGCAUGGGUCAACGAUUCUCUGCAACUCACCUACACCAAGAUCGAGCAGCUCUGUUCAGGAGCUGCUUAUUGCCAGUUCAUGGACAUGUUAUUUCCAGGGUGCAUUCUUCUGAAGAAGGUCAAAUUUCAAGCAAAACUGGAGCAUGAAUUUAUACACAACUUCAAAGUUCUUCAAGCAGCUUUUAAAAGGAUGAGCGUUGACAAAAUAAUUCCUGUAGAAAAGCUGGUAAAAGGAAAAUUCCAGGACAACUUUGAAUUUGUGCAGUGGUUUAAGAAGUUCUUUGACGCCAACUAUGACGGGAAGGAGUAUGACCCCAUACUAGCCAGACAAGGGCAGGAUGUGGCCCCUCCUCUCAAUCCAGGACCACAGAGGACAUCCCCAACAGUUCCCAAGAACAUGCCAACACCACAACGGGUCCAGCACAACACACCUGCCAUGAGGARGAAUCCAUCUUUGUCAAGAAACGGGGGCAGUGAUGCAGAGAUUAUGGAGUUAAAUCAACAGUUGAUGGAGUUGAAGCUGACAGUUGACGGUCUAGAGAAGGAGAGAGACUUCUACUUCAGCAAACUUCGGGACAUCGAGCUCAUCUGCCAGGAACAUGAGAGUGAAAGCAACCCUGUCCUCAGCAGGAUAAUUGAUAUUCUCUACGCAACAGAGGAAGGCUUUGCACCUCCAGAUGAAGAUGAACUUGAAGAACAAGCUCACCUGGACCAGGAUGAAUACUGAAUCCCUAUGUCUCCCCCAGCGUUCUCCUCCUCAAUCAUCUCCCUUCUCUUUUCUUUUUGCCCUCAUUUGUUUUUCCGCUCUCUGCACGCAUUCUAGAAAAAAAAAAACCCUCAUUAUUCCUUACUUUCUCAUUUGCAUAUCUGAUGUUAACCUGGCCUUUCACUCUCAAACUGUCCAUACACAGCUACUCUGCAUCGUCUUUACUUUUACACUAACAGAAAUGUGACAUGUCCCAGUCAGUUCAGCAUGAGUAACAGAAAAUCAAAAAACCUGGAAUGAAGGUUGUUAUAGCAAUCAACAUGUUUAUGUCUGUAAAUAUUACAAACAUUUUAAUUUUUUAAAAAA